AAUACCUCCCUUUCCUGUUUUUGGCCUGUCGUUUCUUCUCCAUAUCCCCCUCUGUUCUCUCUCGCUCUCUCUUGCCCGUUGCAAUGGCGCGCAUCCUUUCUCAAACCCUUGCCCGGCAGUCCCAAACCCUAGUCCACGAUCCAACCAGAGCGCGCCUCCUCCCGCCGCCGCCCAACCGCCUCGAGGGCCACCGCGGCCGGGCAAGCCGGCCGGAGAAGGCCCUGCUCGUGGAGGUGGACCUGGAGACGGAGGCGGCCGGGCCGGAUGUGGAGGUCCUUGGGAUGCGCCGCCUCGAGGACGCCAUCCACGGGAUUAUUGUCCGCCGAUCCGCCCCCGACUGGCUCCCCUUCAUCCCGGGCGCCUCCUACUGGGUCCCGCCGCGGAAGCGGCCCUACGGCGUGGUGGAGCUCAUCGGCAGGCUCGCGAAUCCGAUGACGGAAGAGGAGGUCCUCUCGCUCACUAGCGUCCGCGGCUGGCCCUCGUCCGCCUUUUUCGUGGAAGGCGUGUCUCCACAUCCAGCGAAGAAGGGCCUGGAGAAAGCUUCUGCACAGUCUGAUGAUGAAGAAAGCUGACUGGUAUCGGACUGAGAAGCAGGGCUCUGCGGCAAUGUAGAUUUUGGAUAAUGCUAAGCCCUCCAGAAGCUCAGUGCAAGUUGUACAUAUAGGGAGGAAGGGAGGCUGACGACGGAUGGGAUGCCCAUGAAGAUCACCCUCCUUUACCUUGAUGCCCGAUAAAGAUCAAUAAUGUAAUUUAACUGUGUUGGUGUUCUCUGAAUUUAAUGCAUAAAAUAUCUGAUUUUUCUUUA